CCUCCCCUUUUUUUGGGGACAGAAGAGUUUAGCAUGGAAAUUUCAUGAUUUUCACGAUUUUCCUUGAAAAAUAUCUUAAAAGCUGUUCAUUUUUUACAUAAAACAAAUUAAUAAUCAUCUGCAAAACUAAAAUAUAUUGUGCAACAUGUCAGCAACUCAGAGAGUUCAGCAAUGGGCCACCUUUGCACGCACCUGGCACAUCUAUGACUGCACCUGGCAGAAUCCCUUUGAAUCUGCACAGAUUAUCCGGAAGCAUCUCAUGGGGCUCCACAAACCAAUUUUUCACCCAAUGAAUGACUGUGGGGAUCAUGUGGUGGCUAUAAAUACCAAGGAAAUUGCCCUUCCAGGUAAUGAAUGGCAAAAACGGGCAUAUUUCCAUCAUACAGGCUACCCAGGUGGGGCAACUUGGACCCUAGCAUGGGAACUGCACGAGAAGGAUCCAACAAUGAUCGUAAAGAAAGCAGUUUAUAAUGCAAUGCGGGGGAAUUUGCAGAGAAGAUACACAAUGCAGAGGCUACAUCUCUUCCCUGACGACAAAGUCCCAGAGGAUAUUCUAGCCAAUGUAUCUAAUCAAAUCCCAUCGCUCAGAAAAGUCCCAGAACGAUUGGAUAAAAUGGAUCCUGAGACAGUCAAAACCUUCCCCAAGAUCAUGGACUGGCCAGAUGAUUACAUCCUAAAAUAGGGCAUUUUGUAAAGGAAGUUGUAGAGAAGAAUAUUUGAAGAAAUAAUAGAAGUAAAAUGAUUAAUUAUUAAAAUUUGAUUUGAUUUUGCAAGGAAAACACCUGGCGUAAAAAAAUACCCAA